AUGCCUCCCCAGCCUCACGAGACGCACAAGGACCAAAAGGCCCGCGAGCUGGCCGAGAAGCGGGAGCGCGAUCAGGCCACCCCGGCCGACAAGCGCGCCGAGCGCUGGCGCCAGUUGCCCGAGUUUAAGGGCAUGAAGGACGAGGCCGAGGCAAGUAUCGCGAGUCAAGCGUUCCAUUUGCCAGACAGCACAAUCGCAUCUGUCAUCACCAUGAGCUUCGAGACAACCUGGGACGAGGCCGUCAAGGCCACCGCCGAUAUUCUCGGCGAGGACGACUUUGAAGAGGUGCAACGGUUCCGGAGCGCCGAGCAGCUGCUGCGCGAGGUGCAGACGCUCCAGCGGAGCUGUCUGCGCAGCACGAUUGCGCGCAUGCUGGCAAACAUGAGGCCUAAAAUUGAGCACCUCCAGACCUUUGCCACGUUUCUAGUCCUCGCGACGGGGUCGAGCUCCAUCAGCCUGGCCUGUCUGUGGGGGGUUAUCUAUCUGCUCGUCGAGCUCGGUAGCAAAUCCGACGACGCCCUGCGAGAAGUCACAAAGUACUUCAACGACCUUGCCGAGCACAUUGAGCUCUUCGAAGCCUACCGGGCCUCCGUCAACGUGGACCCAGAGCUGCUUGAGCGCUUCUUUGGCCUGCUCGUCGACCUCGUCCUCGCCGGCGCCGGCGCUAUCAAGCACUUUCGCAAGCACGACGUCAACCGCGGCAGCGCCCUCAGCCUGCCCUCCUGGCGCGGCGUCGACCGCGACUUCGCCCAGAGUGUGCAGGGCUUCGCCGCCCGCAUCAAGCACCUCAAGCGGCUCGUCAAGGCGCAGGAGAUGCGCCUCUCGCAGGAGGCCAUGCGGCAGUCACUGCAGAACUUCGACCUGCACCACCACGACGCUGAAGCCAAGAUUCCGUACUACCAGCUGCCUUUUUAUAGGAACCCUGCCUUUUUUGGGAGGACGGAUACGCUGGAAAAGAUUCGGCUGGCGCUGGAGCCGCCCGACGACAAUGGUGGUGGCGGAGCCGGCGAGGCAGACGUCGUGUCGCUUCGCUCGCUCGCCAUUUGGGGCACCGACGGCAUCGGCAAGACGCAAUUGGCGCUCGAGUACGCCAACCGGCAGAUCCGGCGCGGCUGGCAGCUCGUACUCUGGAUCCCGGCCCAGUCCGAGGGCAAGAUGGCGACGGCGCUGGUGGCGGCCGCCGAGAGCGUGCAGCCGCCGGGUUACGCCGACGACCUCUCGGCCGACAAGAAGCGACUAGUCAUCCAUCCCUGGCUCAUCAUCUUUGACAAUGUCGAUGACAAUGCCCUCCUCGACCCCAUCUGGCCCACCACCGGCGCCGGCCAGAUCCUCAUCACCUGUCGCAGCGAGCUCAUUGCCUUGACGCCCGCCGCCAACGCACUCGAGAUUGGCUCGUUUGGCCCCCGCGACGGAGGGGAGCUGCUGCUGCGGCUCGCGCGCAAGCACACACUCACCGCGGACGAUAUGUCCAUCGCCGAAGAGCUCUCGACGAUGCUGGGCGGGCUGGCGCUCGCCAUUGAGAUUACCGCCAGCCAGAUCCUGACCCGAAAAAAGACUAUGGCGCAGUUCCUGCCCUACUUCAAGGCCAACCGGCGUGCUCUCCGGGUGCCGCCGCGGUACGCGGCCAGAAACCCGUACUACAACGAGACGCUCCUCACGGUGUGGCGGACGGCGUUUGGGAGCUUGACCGAGAACAGCGCGUCGCUGCUCGGCCUGGUUUGCUUCUUUGCGCCGGACGAUAUUCCCCGGGACAUGAUUAGCACCGCGGUGCAUAUCCCUGGGACUUGGGAAUUCUUGUCUGACACGGAGCAGUACGAGGAUGCUCAGGCACAGCUGCUGCUGCUGUCACUCAUCAAAAUCAACGAGGAAAAGGGCUACAUCUCGCUACACCGCCUUGUCCAGGAAGCCUACUACGACUGCCUGGCCGAGGACGCGCGCCGGGACACCUUUGUCGUCGUCUACAAGCUCCUGGCCAAGGCGUUUCCCCGGCGCGCGAUGCGCCGGCAGAUGUACCUCGUCUGGCGCGAGUGCGACCUGCUCAUGCCGCACAUCGAGGCCGCCUUCGACAAGUACGGUGAGCUGCGCGGCAACGGCCUGAGCGUGCAGGACCCGGCCCUCGAUACAAUGAUGGCGGACGCGACCUGCGAAAUCUCUUCCCUCUCGCUCGGCGAAAAGCUGGGCGCCGCCGCCACAGACAACUGCGUCGACAAGACCUCCCUCGGCCAUGCCAGCCUCUGCGAGAGCCUGGCCACGAUCCACCACCGCCGCGGGCGGUACUGCGACGCUUACUCGCUAUUCCUCUGCACCCUCGAGAUCCGUCAGCGCGACCCCUCCACGACGGCGCCCGAGCUGGCCGACUCGUACAGCGCCGUUGGCCUCGCCCUUUUUGGCCUGUUCCGGAGCGAGGAGGCGAUUGCUUACGUGGGAAAGGCGCUCGAGAUUACGUACGGCGCGCCUCCGGGGGAGCGGCACACGUUCAACGUGGACCGCUACCUGCGGAACCGGAGCCGGCCGCUCGCUGCGCUGGGACGGCUCGCCGAGGCCAAGGCCGACGUGGCGGCGUGCGAGGCGUUCCAGGACCAAGUCUACGGCCCAGACAGCCACUUCCACGGCGAAACCGCGUACAUCCUCGGCAAGAUUGCCGCCACGGAGGGCGACUUUGCCCUCGCGAUGAGGCACCUCCAGCGCGCCUACGACCUCCAGUACCUGGGCAAGCCGACGCACCAGAGCGUCGCGUCGGCGCUCUACCACCAAGGCCUGGUGACUGUGCGCCAAUCCGCCGCCGCCGCCGGACCCAACAAUAGCAACGACGAUGCCGCCGCCACCGCGUUGCACUACUUUCAGCGCGCCCUGGCCAUUACACAAUUCAACGAGCCGCGCCGCGGCGACCAGGGCGAAUCGGCACGCGUCAAGUGGCAGAUUGCCAAGAUCCUGGACAAGACCGGCCGGGCCGAAGAUGCGGCCAGCUACCGCGCCAGCUCGCUCAAGGUGAAGCGCGAGCUGGAGGAGACGGGCCUGCACCCAAUGGCGCCGGACGAGGAGCAGGCGUGGGACUGCUUCUCGGAUCUGGUGGAUAGAUAA